UGAUACAACAGUUAUCUGACGUUCCUGAAGCAUCUGUCAAAUUAAUUUUAUAUAGAAGUGCAUAUGUCUAUUGCGAAGCAUCAAAUCGUGUUGUCUCAAGUGUGCUAAGUUUCCUCUUACAUUAGUUUAACAAAUAGAAGAUAUCCAUAUGACUACAGCAGCCAAAAUCCCACCCAUAACAAUGAGCAAGUUGUACGUGGGAAACCUACCCAACGAAACCAGUGAAAACUCCCUGAGGCAGCUGUUCCUCGAGCAGAACUUGGCCUGUACCAACAUUCUAGUCAAACGUGGAGGGUACGCUUUCGUGGACUGCCCGGACCAGUCCUCUGCGGAUAGAGCCAUCGACAAACUGAACGGGGUCAAUUUCAAGGGAUCCGUACUGGUGGUGGAGCCUUCCGUUGCUUCGGGAAGGAAAAAGGUGCACUCUGCUUUUCCGGAGCCUUCUUCCAUUUCUGUUGGGGGAACGUGGAUGCGAGCGGGUGCUUCCGGUCGCUAAGAAAAGCUCAUAAACAUUCGGGAAAAAUGAAUGUAUAGUAAUAAUGUUGUAAGUCUCAGUAGUAGUCAUGUGUGUCUUUUCCGCAAAAUAAUCUUUCAUAAAUCUGCUAAAUCAUCA